AUGCAAUCAUCAAAUAUUCUUUCUCAUAUUCUAUCCUAUCUAACCUAUCAAGAAUUGCUGGCAUGUAGCUGUCUUAACAAACAUUUUCAAGCCCUUUGCAAUAACACAUUUUUAUGGCGUCGAGAAGCACUGACUCCUCCCUCCUCCCUCCAUGAACAAAAAUUUUAUUCGGCAAAGAGGUUUUUUUUUAAAAAAAAAAUUAUAUAAAUUUAUAUUAAAUUUUUUUUUCCUGAAACUUAAAAAAAUUCAAGUAAAAUUAAUUUAAUUCAAAAUUUAUGUUUUUAAAAUGCAAGCUGCUUAAAAUUAAACAGAACUAAUUACAGAUUACAUUAGAAUAAUUAUCACUUAUAUGUUAUAUUUUUUUAUUAAAUAAUUUUUUAACCGUUCAUGAGGUGGGGUUUUUCUCCAAAAAAAGGAUUUUCCAAUGUUUUGCUCGCUCACAGAAGGGAGAGUAAGAAUCGGCAUAGGAAAUCUUGAGCUAUUUGGCGAACCUUUGUUAGGCAUUCAAAAUUCACAAAAGUCUUCGUCGUCAUCAAAAUGGAAAGAGCUGCUGAGAGGACUCAUUGAAUCUAAAAAAUAUUGGCCAACAGAUCAUUCUGUUCUGGAGCCUUCAGACACCAAUAAUUUGGUUAAAGAAUUUUUAAGUAUAUUGAGAGAGCCUCAGAUGCCUCCUCCGACGUUAAGAAGAGAAUCCAAAUGUCUGCCAACAAUCUUCCAAGAAUUGCUAUAGUUUUUUUUUUUAAUUUUUUAAUGAAAAUUUGUAAUAAAUUAUUAUUUUUUAUUUAAAAAUAAUUUUUUUUUGCGUUGAAAUUGGUGUAAAUUUAGAGAAAAAGAUAUAACACAUAUUACCUUAUUGAUGAAUCGCCAGCAGCCUUGCCAAGUUUUGAUGACUUUAUGACUGAAGACAUACUUGCAAAGCUUUUUGACUGGUCAGAAAGGCUAGAAAAUGAGGUAUGGGAUAUUUAGUUCAAAGGCUCUGUAGAAAAAAACCAAUUUACUAUAGCAAGGUGGGCAUUGAAAGAUCCAAAAUUUGAUUCAUGGACUUUAAGCCCUUUCAGGCUGUCUAUAGAGUCUACAACUGAUACUUAUGAUCAAGAAGACGACCUUUGCCAGCUUAGUCAAAAAUUUCCUUUAAAAAAUUCAUCCCCAUUCCUAAUCAAACUUUAUUACGCUAUUAAGAAAACUUCAUCAGUUCACAGUAAACUUAUCCUUGCCUCAAUUCUUGAAAAUGAAGAUGACCUAAGCCUUUGUAAUGAUUUCAGGUAUUUUUUUUUAAAAUAAUUUCCCUUAAAAUCUAUUUGUUUAAAAAAAAAAAAAACCUAAUGAUUAUAUCACAAAAGUAACCUUUAAUUCAGUGAAACUCCUAUUGCGCUUCCAUCAAAGAACUCAACCAAAAAUACCAAGCCUUCUGUACCCUUUUCAACGAAAUCUUCAACAAAACCCACGAAAAGACUCCAAAUUUCCCUCCCUUUUCUCUGCUGAGGCCUAUGGUUUUUCAAUGGAAACGAAAAGUCUUUGAAACGGUAAAGGAUAAAUUAAUUAAUACAGCUUUGGACUUGUUAAAUAAGUGAAGAAGUGACCAAAUUGAUGAAGAGUUGAGUUAUCUUCUAAUAAAAAUCGUUCAAGCAUUAAUUGACCAUAGCGUUAAUGAGUUGAAUGUGCGUUUUCUUGAUCAUUCUCAGUUCUAUACUGAUGGAAUCUAUGAAAUUUUACAUCAAAAAACGGUUGUUGCAACUUUAGAAUACUAUAAAACCCUUAAAAAUUUGCCGGCUGAUAAGCUUUCAGAAGCUUUGGAGAAGGACAUGAAUAUUAUUCAAAGGGUUUUUCUUAAAAGGACACAAAUUGAAAUAGAGAAAAUAAGAAAUGAAAUAGAAAUUUCUGCUUGGAAAAGCUGUUUUUGUGAGAGCUAUAAAGAGUUUAAAGCAGGAAUUUGUUGUGUAAAUUCAAAUGUGACCGAAAAUUUACUUGAUAGUGAGUUUGGGAGGAUUCUUUUCAAUGUGGAUUUUAAUAAAAACAGGAUAAGGCAGUUUAUUGAAACUCUUCAGUGGAGAAAUGAUAAAAUGGUUGAAAAUAUUCAGCAUUUUUUGAAGUUGGUAUAACAAAUCCAUUAUUUUUAUUAAAAAAAUUAAAUAAUACUAACUGCUGGAAUAAUCUUGAAAUUGUCAAUAAUAGACAAAAAUUCGAAUUUAAUAGAAAAUAUGGCAUUACAAAAAAAUAUUAAUAAUAAAAAAUUAAUUUUGAAAAUUAUAAAUAAUAAGAGGAAAAUGGCAGAAAAUAGGAUAAUAAUAACAUAGUUUGAACGUAAAGUUGAGCUUCAAGAAAAACUGAUUGAUGAUUUAAUUAUUGAAGAGGAAAACGAACAGUGCGGCUUUAUGCUUGAACAAAGUCCUGAAGAAAGGAUUCUUUUUUCACUAACCAAUGAUAUUAGUCCCCAGCAGUUCAUGGGAAUUGUGAUCAAUACGGAUUUAUUGUAA